UCGAAGGAGUUCUAAUCAAGGCUGUUUAUAUCGAUAGCGUAAAAAAUAAUAAUGGCUUUCUUUAAUCUGACUCAAUUAGGACUGCAAGAUACUAUCAAGAAUGGUGUGAAGACACCUGCAGCUCCGAUCGCAACUGGACCAGUAGCGGGAACCCAGAGUGAAAAUCAGCUGCCCGUUCGAACCAGUUUGAAAGAACCAGUCUAUCCGAACUCCGAUGCAAAUGGCUCUUACGUGAAGUAUACUGAGCGUCUUCACAAGCAUAUCAGACCACAGAAAGGACCCAACGAGAUAUACGAUAAGAAAAUCAGCAACAAUUACACGUACGGUUGGUGGAUGAAGGAUGGAGUUCAGAGGGAACAAUGGACCAAGAAUAGUCAUCAUCCUAUGGUCAGAAGUGAAAUGACAAGAUUUGUAGAUGACAUGACAUUAACCAACAGAGAAUUCACUUUAUUUUAAUAUUUAUUAUUGUAUAUAUUUUCAUCAUUCUUAAAUUUUGACUCUUGUUCUUUAAAUUUAUCUUAUAAAUAUACUAGAAACUCUUAGCUUCUCCAUAAAAGAUGAAUAAUUUUCUCCAUGCAGUUCAAACAGAACCUUCCUUAUGACUAAAUGCAAGUAGUCAUGCAGUUUAGUACUCAAAACGCAUGUAAACCAUUUACAAAUAAAUUGAUUCUUUUUCUACUGAAA